AUGGCAGACGUUCAGAUGGCCGACGCAGAAACCUUCGCCUUCCAGGCCGAAAUCAACCAGCUCCUCAGCCUUAUCAUCAACACCUUCUACAGCAACAAGGAGAUCUUCCUUCGCGAGAUUAUUAGCAAUGCCUCUGACGCCUUGGAUAAGAUCCGAUUCGAGAGCCUGACGGAUAAGAGCAAACUCGACGCCCAACCCGAGCUCUUCAUAAGGCUCGUCCCUGACAAGACCAACAAGACGCUCUCCAUUAUCGACAGUGGCAUCGGAAUGACCAAAGCAGAUUUGGUCAAUAAUCUAGGAACAAUUGCGAGGUCGGGCACCAAAGAAUUCAUGGAGGCGUUGCAAGCGGGGGCUGAUGUGAGCAUGAUUGGGCAGUUUGGUGUCGGGUUUUACUCGGCGUAUCUCGUUGCAGAGAAGGUCUUAGUGACCACCAAGCACAACGAUGAUGAGCAAUACAUCUGGGAAUCACAGGCCGGUGGUUCAUUCACCGUUACACGGGACGUCAACGCAAACAUGGAGAGGAUCAUGAAGGCUCAAGCAUUAAGGGACAGCAGCAUGAGCUCUUACAUGUCUAGUAAGAAGACUAUGGAAAUUAAUCCUGAUAAUGGAAUCAUGGAGGAGCUUAGGAAGAGAGCUGAGGCAGAUAAGAAUGAUAAAUCAGUGAAGGAUCUUGUGAUGCUGUUAUUCGAGACUGCCCUAUUGACAUCUGGAUUCAGUCUGGAUGAUCCCAACACAUUUGGGGCUAGAAUACAUAGGAUGUUGAAGUUGGGUCUGAGCAUUGACGAGGAAGAAGAAGCUGGUGGAGAUGAUGAUAUGCCGGCUUUGGAGGAAGAGGGCAACGAGGAGAGCAAAAUGGAGGAAGUAGACUGA